AUGGCUGUUACCGGCGUUGUGGCUCAUUUGACAAUAAUGUUUCUUCUGUUAGGUCGAGUCGCCUUCGUCUCUGGGACAAACGUGCGAGGAGUCACGGGACAGUCGAUCACACUGCCAUGCCGCUAUUCUGUCGGAAAAUAUGUCCAAAGUGAGAUGUGCUGGGGCCGGGGACAGUGUGAUGUUAUGAACUGUGGAGAUGAACUGAUCAGAACAAAUGGAGACAGAGUAACUUCUGUAACAUCCCAGAGAUAUAAACUUGGUGGUAGAAUUGCGGCAGGAGAUGUGUCGCUCACUAUCAAUGAUCUACAGAGAGAAGAUAGCGGCUGGUAUUGCUGCCGUGUGGAGAUUCCGGGACUGUAUAAUGAUCUGAAAACGAAUUUGAAUCUCCGGGUUUUGGACGGAACCAGCACAACAUCUGCUUCACCCACAAUUGAGUCCUUGUCUACAGACCAUGGAAAUGACAUUGUUCCAUUUACUUACCAGGAUCUUACAACCUCUCCGUUUACAUCUCCCAGAGAUUCCAGUUCAACUCCACAUUUACCUGUUCCUGGUGAGCGUGUAAACAACCUGAUUUUUCUGCUUUGCUGGACCGCUCGUGUCUCAGUUUUCGUCUCUUUUCUUUCCGUCACUGUGCUGCUUUGCAAGUGGAAACGCACAUCCUCCAUCUGUCAGAACAGGAGCAGCACCAAGCCCGUGAGAGACUCCACACCCUUGCAGCAAUCACUUUGAUGUCCAUGGGAAGGCCUUCCCAUAGUGAACCAAAGAUUGACUGCAUAUGUUGACUGAAAU